AUGAGUGCGCAACAACAGUUAUAUACAGUGGAGACACAGUCUUCACUGUUGAACACUGGUGGGGGAGAUCACACCCAUAGGGUUUCCCUCAUGGACAUGACAUGCACGUGUGGCAAAUGGGAAGCAAACAAGAUCCCCUGUUCCCACUUGAUAGCAGUUUGUGCCAAACACAAUCAUGAUGCCACUGAGUAUAUGGAUUGUUUCUACCGCGUUGAAGAACGGUAUCACAGCUAUGAGCCGAUAUUCCAACCACUGAAAGAUAGGUUAGAAUGGCCGGAGCCAGCAGAAAGGAGAACCGUGAUGCCAAACCAGCAGUUGAUCCGUGAGAAAGGUCGGCCAAAGUCCACGAGAAUCCGCAAUGAGAUGGAUGACGAGGAUAGGAAGUUGCCAACCUCAUUGUGGAUUGAGAAUGGACCAAAGUUAAAUGUGGGUUGUGUCGCCAAGAGGGUCAUAACCGUCGUACAUGUCCGACUUGAAAUGUGGCAUGAACAAGCCAUGGUGCUAUGUAGCAGAUUUGUAAUUGUCGCCAAGGUGUAA